AUGCACUUUGUUCGCUUCUUUACGUACAUUGCUUCUUGUCUCUCUGUUACUCGUGCUUUCAGUGUGACUGUUGGGACUCCCACUCAAUGUGGUCCUCUCAAGAUCUCAUGGACUGGUGGGCAAGCGCCGUUUGAAAUACUCUUAACUCCCUAUUUAAAACCGUAUCAGAACGCAUCUGUACCAGCAUCAGCCUUUAAGAACGGCGUAGGCUCUUAUUCAAUACCACAAUUGACGUUGUCGGCUGGAACAUCGUUUCUACUCACUAUGUCGGACGCCACCGGAUUUGGUUCGGGUGGGACGACAAACCAAUUAACUGUUGGGAAUUCUGGAACCAACGAUUGCAACAUUCAAAAUUUGCCACCUCCUUACAUGUUCAUCUUGACUCCAACUCCGAGUCCGAUAGUGCAAUGCGGCAGUGCAGCUGCUGCCAAUGGUGCAGUCCUGCCCAUUACUAUUGCGCAACUUAUUCCUGGCGGACAACCAACCGUAUUAUAUUCCAAUGAAGACACUUUUACCUCAAGUGUCAAUGUUACAGGAGGGACGAGUCUCCUGUAUUUUGUCACCGACUCCAAGGGCAGACAAGGUGGGAGCUCUGGGUUGCUGCAGGUCUUAGAGCAGAGUAAUUUCACGUGCCUAAGCGCCAGCUCGCCGUCAUCCACUGCAGGCAUAUCGGCCACGGCUUUGCCGUCAUCUAGUUCAAGCAAUCCAUCAAGUAGUUCAUCAAACAAGGCUGCUCUUAUCGCAGGCGCGGGGGUCGGCAGUGCGGUGGUCCUUACUGCAUUGGUCAUCCUCGGCAUGUGCCUGUGGCGUAAACGGAAAGCAUCCCGCAUUCAGCCUUCUAAAAUCACCUAUUUUCAAGUGCAGGAUACAGACGAAGUCAGCCUUUACAGUGACGUUCUGCCAUCGCCAUCAUCAUCACCAUAUCCUGCCAGCUACCUUAACCCUGUCCACUUCUCAUCACCCGUUGAACCUGGAUCCCAAUCAAUUUCUUCCUCUUCCAGCGACGUCACAGUUAGGGAUCCUCCCACGCCCUUUCAUGUUGAGAGACAAAUUUCCCCUGACACAGAUAGCUUAGCUAUGCACGGAGCAUCUGGAAGUCAAUAUAUGGCGUCGACUAGCGCGCGAACAGCCUAUCAACCUCCUACUCAAAUCAUUGUGCAUACCGACGCUGAUGAUGUUGUGCCAGACCACAAUGGUUUGGUUGAACUUCCGCCGCAGUAUUCAGAUCAUCGGGAAAACCGUACCUUGGAAUCCAAGUCUGCGUCAUGA